AUGGCUGACCGGAGAGCUGAAGAUAAUGCCGUCGUCUCCGGCCAACCCCAGAAAACCAUAGCAGACUUUGAUCCCCCAGGGAAGCCAAAGAGAAACAAGUACGCCUUUGCUUGUGCCAUCUUGGCUUCCAUGACUUCCAUCUUGCUUGGUUAUGAUAUUGGUGUGAUGAGUGGAGCUGCAAUCUACAUAAAAAAGGACCUCAAAGUCAGCGACGUAGAAAUUGAGGUUCUUAUCGGUAUUCUGAACCUUUACUCUCUCAUCGGCUCGGCCGCAGCCGGCAGAACUUCCGACUGGAUCGGCCGUCGGUACACCAUAGUCCUCGCUGGAGGCAUCUUCUUCGCCGGAGCCCUCCUCAUGGGAUUUGCCCCCAACUAUGCCUUCCUCAUGUUCGGCCGGUUUGUCGCCGGAAUUGGCGUCGGCUACGCCCUCAUGAUCGCUCCGGUGUACACCGCCGAGGUCUCUCCGGCGUCGUCUCGUGGGUUCCUUACAUCUUUCCCAGAGGUGUUUAUCAAUGCUGGGAUAUUGUUCGGCUACGUGUCCAAUUAUGGCUUCUCAAAGCUCCCAACUCACUUGGGAUGGCGGCUCAUGCUCGGUGUGGGAGCCGUCCCCGCUAUUUUCCUAGCCAUCGGCGUCUUAGCCAUGCCGGAGUCGCCUCGUUGGCUCGUCAUGCAGGGUCGGCUCGGGGACGCCAGGAAAGUCCUCGACAAAACCUCAGACUCCCUAGAAGAGUCCAAGCUUCGGCUAGGCGACAUCAAAGAAGCCGCCGGCAUCCCCGAACACUGCAACGACGACAUCGUUGAGGUGAAGAAGCGCAGCCAAGGCCAAGACGUGUGGAAAGAGUUGCUCCUUCAUCCAACACCAGCCGUCCGUCAUAUUUUAAUGUGUGCCGUUGGUUUACACUUCUUUCAGCAAGCGUCGGGUAUAGACGCCGUCGUUUUGUACAGCCCAAGGAUCUUUGAGAAGGCUGGGAUCACCAACGCCGACAAAGUUUUACUCUGCACUGUGGCUGUUGGAUUCGUCAAGACCGUUUUCAUCUUGGUCGCCACGUUUAUGCUCGAUCGGCUCGGACGACGUCCGUUGCUUCUGACUAGUGUGGCCGGCAUGGUAGUCACGCUUGCAUUACUCGGUUUGGGCCUUACGAUUAUCGAUCAUCACCACGAAGGGAGGAUCAUGUGGGCCGUUGUUUUGUGCUUGACCAUGGUAUUAGCAUACGUCGCGUUCUUCUCGAUCGGGAUGGGCCCCAUCACAUGGGUCUACAGCUCUGAGAUCUUCCCGUUGCAGCUACGUGCUCAAGGUUGCAGUAUAGGAGUGGCCGUGAACAGGGUGGUGAGUGGGGUCCUCUCGAUGACUUUUAUUUCGCUGUACAAGGCCAUCACAAUUGGCGGGGCCUUCUUUCUUUUUGCGGCAAUUGCAGCGGUUGGCUGGACGUUCUUUUUCACAAUGCUCCCAGAAACGCAGGGUAGAACCCUUGAGGAUAUGGAGGUCUUGUUUGGAAAAUUCUACAGGUGGAGAAAAGCCAAUGCACUCCUGAAACAGAAGAAGCAAGGUGAACACGGUGAUGGCAACAAUAAUCCCAACAACCCUGAAAUCCAAUUAGGAACAAUAGGGGUAGCUAAUUUGAUUAGUCAAUCCACUGGAUGGUAG